GUAACGGCUCUCACAGGCUGUGCCCGCUCGGAUUUUUGGUUCAGGAUUUUUGAGUCCAAGGAGGGCAUCGUCUUUUACUGUACAUCUCUCUUCCGUGUUUGCUUUCUCUCCUCACGAAAGAUUAAUCUUUUCAUAAAACAUACAAAUAAUCAAGUGUCGCCCCUAAGAUGGCUAUGGUAAAGAGUGGAUGGCUCCAUCGACAAAGUACCAUACUGCGUCGGUGGAAAAGAAACUGGUUUGACCUGUGGGCUGACGGACGACUUGUGUUUUAUAAUGAUCAACAACGGCAUGACAUGGAGGAUGACAUCCACAUGCGGGUCGACUGCAUUAACAUCCGCAACUCUGCUGCAUGUCAAGAGCUGAACCCACCAGAGGGUAAAACACGUGAUGCCUUGCUGCAGAUAGUGUGCAGAGAUGGACGGGUCAUCAGCCUGUGUGCAGACAGUGCCGAUGAUGCUCUGGCAUGGACCAUGGCACUUCAGGAUGCCAGAAUUAAUGCGGUGGUUGCUACACCUCAGAUCGGCUUUGCACAGGAAGUGAUGGCAUCUGCUCCUCCCCCCUACUCAGAAUAUGCUCCCCCACCUCAGCAGGUUUAUGCCCCGGGCCCGUAUGGAGACUAUGUCGCUCCUCCACCACAUGCUACACAGAUUGUAUACUCAGCUGACGGGCAGCCCUACGCUGUAGCUUAUCCUUAUCAGCAACAAGGUGGGUACCCCGCUCCUGGAGUGAACCAUGUUGUUAUUCGGGAACGCCAGCGCGAAGACGGAGGAGAUGUGGCCUUUGGCAUGCUCGCUGGAGCGGCAACUGGUUUGGCACUCGGCUCUCUCUUCUCCGUCUUCUAGUGUCGUGAUUAAUAUACAUCUAGUAGCACACCCCGUCCCCCGUAUUAGCAGCAUUCGGCUUCUUUUCUGUGCCAUCACAUGAGCCGGAGUAAAAUGUGUCUGUUGGGCUACUUUCAUCUAUGAAGCAUGAUUGUGAUGGGCAGUGAUUUACUCCUUCUGCGUUCUAUAUAUAUAUAUAUAUAUACACAGUAAAUACUGUUAGCACUUUAUGCUGCCCUGUGUGGCAUAUUCCCAUCCCCUUUGUGUUGUCUGAAUAUGAUGUUCUUAACCAAAAAAUACAACAAUUACUCACUUUUUAAGUUAUUUAAAUGACAGCUACUCCUUUUAUGUACUGUACAUUUCAGGUCCUCACUUUUUUUUCAAGGUUGUUUCUGUUUAAUGGAGCACAUUUGUCGUUCAUAUUUGCAGAAUUAUCUUAAUAGCCGUCAAUGUGUUUUCUUUUUUAAAUUUUUUUUUAUAAUACAGGUUUUGUUGUCACCUGUGUGUACUGUACCUUUACUUUGUUUUGCAUGUAUUAUUUGUCUGUUUUGGUUGAGAAUAUGCAGCGUUUCUUCAGCUCUUCAGGUUGUUUGUGGUGGAGGCAGGCUGAGAUGAGAGUUGUGUAAAAGAGAAGCGCACACACACGAAGCAAUAAUCACUUACAUUGUAGUAUUUUUGAGGUAAACAUUUGGUGGAAUCUGGUUGUGAUGGAUGUCUGAUGUUGUCACCACCACAAAUAAAUCUGUGUCUGAAGGAAACGCCGGCAUUUACACGAUGUGCUUUGAAGUGAAAAGGGACGUCACUCCUCCUGACUCGUAUGUGCAUGCAAUAUGUAUGGAAAUGUUUCUAUUGGCAGCUGUUGAACCAUACUCUUCAUUCAUUUGAAGUUAUGUUUAGUUUUUCGUUUCAGUAGGCUCGGUGUGAUGUGCACAAAUACCAAUCAGUCUCUUGAGAUUCAGUUGCAUUUCAAUUGGCCUGGACUUGGAAUUUUCACUCCAAAUGGCUUAAACAUGGUCAGAUAUUUCCCAUUAUUCAUGUUAUUAUGACAUUAUGCAUUUAUUCACUUUGAAACAGCAGCUUGUGCUCAAUAGAAAACAAAUGUUGCCCUGCUCUUCAAAGAUCCUGCAUAUAUUUAUCAAUGAUACUAACUGAAGAGUUAUUUAAGACUUGUAUUUACAAACUAUUUCAUUUGAGCAAGUUAUAAGCUUGUGCAAGCAGCGUAACGUUGAUGUCAUUUUUCUACACAUCUUAAAGGGUUUUAAGAUGUGAAUUUAACGUGUUAAAUUUAUCCUAUCAAACAUACUAAUUCAAGUUUGAUCGACCCUUUGUUUAGAAUACAAUUAUACAUAUAUAUAUGACAGUUAACUAAGAGAUGUAUUUUAACAAUUAAAUAUAUUCACAAAGUUAAUAAUGAAUCCUGUUGUUUUUGUUUUGAGUUAUUUAUUUCACCCUGAGACUUUCGUUCACAGAACAUGUCGUGUAGGAUACAACAAAAGUGCAAAUGGCCACAAUAACCAGUUUCAUCUAUUCAACCAGUAAGUAACCAAUAAACCCCCAAAGACACUUUAAAAAAAGACACAUUUCAAACCCACUGAGCAUAUUGACAGGAUCUAUAACUAAAUCAGAACAUAACAUAAGUGUAGAAAA